AUGAGUUGUUGUGCUGGUGAAGAUGAAGAGGAACAGCGAUCAGGACCCACUCACAUUCGAGGAUGCACCGAUGUUUUUUGGCUCGUCGUUUUUGUCUUAUUUUGGUCGCUCAUGAUUUUGAUCGCGGCUUUCGCGUUUGUUUAUGGAAACCCAACAAGAUUGAUAAAUGGAUAUGAUAGCUUUGGAAACACCUGUGGCACGAAGAGCAAUCCAAAGUUUGGAAAUAUGGAGUUAUCUGGACUUGAUACGAGCGAAAAACCAUUUCUCUUUUUCAUGGACGUGACAAACGUGAAGAACUCAUUGAAAAUCUGUGUAAAGCAAUGUCCGAAUCGGAAAUUGAGUACAAUGGACGACGUGUGUCGAUUUUAUAAGGAAACUGGCUCGCAGUUGUGUCAUGAUAGACCUGGCAGCAAUUUCAGUGCUUGCACCAACAUAAACACGAAAAAUAAAACCGGAUCUUGUCCGGAUUUGCCUGUUUACGACAGCAUCACGGUUUUAAAUCGCUGUAUUCCGAAAGCAAUUAAAGAAACAGCAGGAGCAAUUGUUUCUAAUUUAUACGGAGUGCUGAAUUCUUGGGAUGUUCUGGAACAAAUACUAGGGGAUUUGUACAAAACUUGGAGAGAGAUUUUAGGGUUUUCGUUUCUAGCCUUUUUAUUGUCCCUUCUCAUGAUUGCAAUUUUUCAUUUAUUGGCAAGCUUAGUUACUUGGGUCGUAAUGGUUCUUGUCAGUAUCUCUUGCAUCGCUGGCACUGGACUUUUAUGGUGGACGUACUUUGAGAUUAAGAGCAACUUGGACAAAACUAAUGAGUCUGAGCUACUGGAAGAGUCUGUACGAAACGAGAAGGCCUUUUUGAUAUUUUCAAUCGUCGCGACUGUGAUAACUUUGGUGCUCAUGUGUCUGCUGAUUACGCUUCGAAAACACAUCAGUUUUAUGACUGCGCUCUUCAGAGAAAGUGCAAAAUGCCUAGCUGAACUCCCUGGUUUAUUUUUUACUCCUUUAUUGACCUUUCUGGCAUUAAUAUUAUUUUUCACUUACUGGGUCUCAGUUAUACUUUCCCUUGCAACAGCGAAUUAUCCUGGAACGAAACCAGUACAAAUGUAUAAGAAUCAAAUAUUCGAAUCGAUGAAUACCAGCGCCCAGGGUUUCGCUGGAAGAAACGCUUUGGAGGACCACAAAGUUUUCGACUUAUCGAUCGACAAAUUUAAAACUUUCACACUUGUUGAGUAUGUGGAUUCGACCUGGGUGAAAUAUAUGUGGUGGGUUUACAUUAUUGGCUUGAUAUGGACUGCUGAAUUUAUUACGGCCUGCCAAAAUAUGGUUAUUGCUGGUGCCGUCGCGCAUUGGUAUUUUAGAGGAAAGGAUGCAAGUCGAUCACCAGUUUGCUCAUCAAUGGGAACACUUUUCUGUUAUCAUUUAGGAUCUGUCGCCUGUGGAUCAUUGCUUAUUACACUCUUCAAAUUGCCAAGAUUGAUUCUUACUUAUUUACACCAGAAAUUCGAGAAGACAAGAGAAACUUCGCCAUGUGCUCAAUGUGGUUUAAAAUGCUGCAUUUGCUGUUUUUACUGUUUGGAAAAGUUUAUCCGUUUCAUGAACCACAACGCUUACACAGUUGUCGCAAUAGAAGGAACCAAUUUUUGCAAAUCUGCUCGCGUUGCGUUCUCGACAAUCGUGAACAAUGCUCUCCAAUUGGCAGUGAUUAACAGCGUCGGCGACUUCAUUCUGUUUCUGGGAAAAUGUUUUGUCACGGCUGCCACGGGCAGUAUCGGUUUGCUCAUUCUCAAAAAAAAUACCGGUCUCUACUUUUACGCUGCACCAGUUUUCGUAACCUGCAUUUUCGCCUUCUUCAUAGCUCAUUGCGUCAUUUCCCUCUACGAGACUGUCAUCGACACUUUAUUUUUGUGCGUCUGUGAAGACAAGAAUUUGAACGGCGAGAAUGGAAAGUGGCGAGACUCUGGUUUGGCCCAACUUGGACAAAGUACAAAUACGAACGGACAACAGUCGCACGAAUUAGCGCCAAUGAACCAAUAAGUUCAUCUUUUUUUUUUAGCACGCGAAGGCCUUUUAGUAUUUUAGAUUUCAGUUUUACUAUCGAGGGGAAUUCUGUUGGGAUUUAUACUCCUUCCUGCAUGGACCGCGAUGCGUAACCGGAAAGUCCGGGAUCGAUUCCUGUUGUCGGUAUUUUUUUUUUUUUAUUUUUUUUUUUAUUGCAAUUGACUAUUUAAUUUAUUUAAAUCAAUUUUUUGUGUAAAAAUGUCAUUCAGGAUGGCUGCUGGACCGGAAAACCGGGAGUCGAACGUGAAUUUAUUCCUUGACCGUGAAUUUAAAAAAUUUUUAGAAACAAAUCUGUAGGUUUUAUUUCAACAGUUUUUUAAAUAAUCAGUUGAAUUUUUGUCUUUUUCAAUUAUGAUA